AUGCAUCCACUUUUCACUCUUCUUUUAACUUUCACUUUUCUGUUGAAAAUCGCUGAUACAUGUGUUGCGACGUCUCCAGGUGGUACAGCAACAACAACUGCUGCCCCUACAGGUUGCCAAUCUUGUCUACUGUCAGCUACUGAAAUUAUAAAUAUCAGUGAAGGAACCAAAGAUUUCACUAGUGACACUAUCGAUAAUUCUGGCACCUGUGCUGUUAGAACCUCAGUUUGCGACGGAUUUUCUGCAGAUUCCGGAGUGUUGAUUACUUUCAAUCGAGAUGAAGCAGGACAAAAUAAUGGAACAGGCACGGUCACCUCUGUUCUGAUUUGCAAUACAGCAGGACAAUGGACAAAAGAUGGAAUUGUUAUCACAGCAAUUGAAUGCCAAUCCACUCCGUAA